AUGACGCUUGUUCACAGCAGCGUAUUAAUUGCUGAUACCACCGCCAACCCUGCAGAUCGACGCGACGAGACGGAGGAUUCGAAGACGAAUACGAGGACAGGGCCGUCUUCUUUCGACACCGAAGGCGGUAUCACGUUCGCUGGCAGCCUCGAACUCGACGACCUCUCACGCGACGGACGAAGACGCCGUCGCAGCCGUCGACAACGCCUACCGCCCUCUCGCCGUGCAACGUACCGGCCCGACAAAGACGACGCCAUGAAGUUCUCCCACAGCAUUCAGUUCAAUGCCGUCCCUGACUGGAGCACUCACUACAUUGCGUACAGCAAUCUUAAGAAGUUAAUUUAUCAGCUGGAACGGUCGGUCAACCAGGCCGACACCCACCCGGCGACCGAUGACGCGGAGUCGCGCCCCCUGAUUGUCGACGAAACCGAACCCGAGACCGUCUUUUCCCGCGCCCUUGAUGUCGAACUCGAAAAGAUCUGCUCGUUCUACACACUCAAGGAGCGCGAGCUACUCGAUGAGGCUGAUCAACUGUUGCAAGACAUCGGCGCGUUCGACGAAGAGGAGCAACAGUUGCAGAAGCAAAAGAAUGGCGAGGUCGGCGAAAACGGCACGUCCGAGACGGAGAUUGGCGCAGCGUCCAGCUCCGGCGCGGCCGCUGGGCCGUCGUCGGCACGCCCAACAUCUGCGGACCGCAAUAGCUUCUACAGCCGACGCUCCACCGAUGAUGGAGAUGCCUCGGAUGCGGCUGCCAACGACGACAAUGACGCCGAUGAGAACACGGCACUAACGGAGCGCCGUCUGCAGGAGGCUCAGCAGCAGGCGCAGCAACACCGUCGCCGUUUCAGCUUUGGCGCCUCCAAUCGCCGCCGCCGACGGCCGAUAUCCAACCUGAUCGCAUCGACCGACAUGACUGCUUCUACCGAGUUUACACGGUCGCGUCGGUAUAGCACAACGUUCGAGGACCACCCCGAAGAUGCCGUGCUCUUCUCAUCGGGCAUCAUGCUGAAGAAACGCAUUAUCAGCAUCUAUGUGCAGUUGUGCGAGCUCAAAUCGUACGUGCAGCUGAACAAGACGGGCUUCCAGAAGGUGCUGAAGAAGUUUGAUAAGAUUAUCGACACCAAUUUGCGUGCCCGCUACAUGACCACUGUCGUCGAGUCUGCCUAUCCCUUCCGACCCGAGGCCUGGAACCUGCUUGUCGACAACAUCAUGAAGAUGGAGGCUGCGUACACGACGGUGGUCACGGGUGGCGACGCCGACACGGCCAAGCGCGAUCUUCGUUCCCAUCUCCGCGAACACGUUGUAUGGGAGCGCAAUACGGUGUGGCGUGACAUGAUUGGUAUCGAGCGCCGUGCCGAAGCCGCCAGUCUUGGCCGUACGCUUCUUGGCGGCGGCGGCGGCAUUGGCGGAGGCUUCGGCUUCAUGGCAGCCGGCGGCGAUGAUGCCAAGGAUGCGGCAGGCAACCUCUUGCUGCAGGGUGACGAGGAGCGCCAAGCUGCUCCCACCCGCCGCAUCCGCACGCCAUUUGGCCGCGUCAUUACGCUGCCGGCAUGGCUCCUCAGUAGCACCAUGCUCACGCUGUUGGCCAUUGUGGGCAUCUUCUUCGUCUUGCUGUAUUCGCCAAUCCUGCCUGGCGAGCCCGAGCAGCAAAACUGCCUGGCCAUGCUGGUGUUUGUCAGCUUACUGUGGGCCACCGAGGCGAUCCCGCUCUUCGUGACGUCGCUGAUGGUGCCCUUCCUGUGCGUGGUGCUCCGAGUGGCUCGUACGGACCACAAGCCAUACGAGCGCCUGAGCUCCAAGGACGCCGCGUCGUUCAUUUUUGCCUCCAUGUGGACGCCUGUGAUCAUGCUGUUGCUGGGCGGCUUCACCCUGGCCGCCGCCAUCUCCAAGUGCCGCAUCGACAAGCGCAUUGCUACCUUUGUGCUGAGCAAGGCCGGCACCCAGCCGCGCACAGUCCUGCUGGCCAAUAUGCUCGUUGCUGCCUUUGCCAGCAUGCUGAUUAGCAACGUGGCUGCGCCGGUCUUGUGUUUCUCGAUCAUCGAGCCCAUGCUGCGCAACCUACCGUCCGACUCGAACAUGUCAAAAGCCGUGAUCAUGGGCAUCGCCCUGGCCAGCAACAUUGGCGGUAUGCUGUCGCCGAUUGCCUCGCCGCAGAACAUUGUCGCGAUCGGCAUCAUGAAGCCCGAGCCCCCAUGGCUUCAGUGGUUCUUCAUUUCGAUUCCUGUGGGCGUCGUGUCUAUUCUGCUCAUUUGGCUGCUGCUGCUCGUCUCGUUCCGCCCGGGUCGCGGCACCACGAUCGUGGCCAUCCGCCCCGUGCGCGAGCGGUUCAACGGUGUGCAGUGGUUCGUGACGAUUGUGACGAUUGUGACAAUUGGCCUGUGGUGUGCCAGCCACCAGCUCGAGGACUCGUUUGGCGACAUGGGCGUCGUGGCCAUCUUGCCCAUCGUGCUGUUCUUCGGUAUCGGUAUACUCACCAAGGAGGACUUCAACAACUUCCCCUGGACCAUCAUUAUCCUCGCCGCCGGUGGCCUCGCCUUGGGCAAGGCUGUCAAGGCGUCUGGCCUGCUGGACACGGUUGCUGCCUCCAUCACUGAAUUGGUGCAGGGCAUGAGCCUGUACGGCGUGCUGGUCGUCUUCUCGACGCUGAUCUUGGUGAUUGCGACGUUCAUUAGCCACACGGUAGCCGCUUUGAUUCUGCUUCCCUUGGUCAACAACGUCGGCGCCGACAUGGACGAGCCGCACCCGAAUCUUCUGGUCAUGGCUGGCGUGUUCAUGUGCAGCGCAGCCAUGGGUCUGCCGACCAGCGGCUUCCCCAACAUGACGGCGAUCAUGAAGGAGGACCCUGCUGGCCAGCGCUACCUGCAGGUCAAGCACUUUAUCACGCGAGGCAUCCCCAGUAGCAUCCUCACGCUUCUUGUUGUUUUGACGCUGGGUUACGCAGCGAUGCGCAUCACUGGCAUGUAG